AUGGCAGACAACAAUAUCUCCCCCACCCAAGAGGUGUCUUCCUCACCUAACGGUCACUCGGAUGAACCUCAACUCUCACUCCGUGCCUUGGUCAGCACUAAAGAAGCUGGUAUCCUCAUUGGAAAAGGAGGUCAAACCAUCGCUGACAUCCGUGCCAAAACCAAUGUCAAAGCUGGUGUUUCCAAAGUCGUCCCCGGUGUUCAAGAUCGUGUAUUCUCAGUUUCCGGUGCCGUCGACCAUGUAGCUGCCGCUUUCGCCGAGGUCGCUCGACUUUUACUCGAGACCCCUUUGUCCGACUCUUCCUUGCCCCCUCCUCCCGUGGGCGCUUUCACCUCGGUCCGUCUCCUCAUCAGUCACAACCUCAUGGGAACCGUCAUCGGUCGUUCUGGUGCAAAAAUCAAGCAAAUCCAAGAUGAAAGUGGUGCUAGAAUGGUAGCUAGUAAAGAAAUGCUUCCUCAAUCAACUGAACGUGUCGUCGAGAUCCAAGGUUCGGUCGAAGCUAUCAAAACCGCCGUUCUAGAAAUUGGCAAAUGUCUCAUGGAAGAUUGGGAAAGAAACACUGGGACUGUACUCUAUCAUCCUGGUGCUGCUGGAGAUGCCGGUGUUUUGGCAGGAGGUCUAGGUGCUCAGACCGUCACUGGAGGAUUGGGUGGGAUCAGGAGGAGUAGUGUCGCUCCUAGUUUCGGAUUCGGUGGUGAAAGACGUAUGAGUGGUAGACCCAGUAUUUCUGCUCCAAGUGAAACUAGGAGGGUCAGCGAUGCUCCACCUAUGGUCAACGAUCCCAAUCUUCGUACUCAAAACAUUUCUAUUCCAAGUGACAUGGUGGGAUGUAUCAUUGGUCGCGGUGGUACCAAAAUCACAGAGAUUCGUAGACUUUCCGGAUCUAGAAUCUCUAUCGCUAAAGCACCUCAUGAUGAAACGGGAGAACGUAUGUUCACCAUUGUUGGUACUGCCGACGCUACGGAACGUGCUUUAAUGCUCCUUUACUCCCAGCUCGAAUCGGAGAAGGAGCGUCGUAUGUUGCAAGCGCAAAUGGAACAGGUUCACAUCUGA